UUUGUCUCCCUUGGGGCUUUCCUUGUUUGUCCGGUUUGAUGAAUACAUGCUAAUCCGGAAGGUAUAAUUUGGUUCUUGAAUUGCUGUUUUUUUUCAUAUUGCAUGAGCCUGUGCUGGUUCUCAAAUCCAUCAUUUUCUUCCGCUUUUUCUCGUCUUUUCUUUCGGAGCAAACAGCAAGAGGCUCUGGCUUUCCUUGAAGUGCAAGCUCUGUAAUUUCCCUAUGAAUUGUCAUCUGCGUAAAGAAUCAUCUUACCCCUUUGCGAUCACCAGAUAGAUCACCUCCUCCUCCUCUGCUCUGGGCUGAACGAGCAAUUUGAUUCCCCUGCAGAAUAAGAGAUUGCUUCUGCUGGAUUGAUUCUGAGGAUGGCAGAAGCUAGCUCGAGCAGUGGAACAAUGGCGGGGAGUGAUAUUAUAGCGAUGAAGGAGACGCUGCGGGCUCAGCAACAACUUCUGCAGAAGCUGUACGUAGAGUUGGAUGAAGAAAGAGAAGCCUCUGCAACAGCAGCGAGUGAAGCUCUUGACAUGAUUCUGCGUUUACAAGGAGAGAAAGCAGCAGUGAAGAUGGAGGCCCGACAAUAUGAGAGAAUGGCAGAGGAGAAGCUAGAACAUGCAGAGACAACUCUGGAGAUCUUCGAAGAGCUCAUGUUCCAGAAAGACAUGGAGAUUGGUUCUUUGGAGAAUCAAAUUCAGGCUUAUAAGAGAAAGCUUGUUAGCCUUGGAUGUGAUCCUAAUCUCAGUGAGUUUGAGCUUCAGGAGGAGAAUAAUAAUAACAAUCAGUCGGUUCAAGGAACUGAUGAACAUCAUCAGAACCCAGAAAAUGAAUCAGUGAGAAGGCUCCAUUCAUUGCCUCCUUUACCUGUAAAUAAGAACAACUUCAGAGCUGCUAGGAAGAGAGAAAGAUCACCAAGUCCACAUCAUCAUACAGAUAUGAUUCAAACAAUAGAGGAGGAGAAAACUGAGAAAAAACCCAUCCAACAAACCACGGAUUUUGCCAAUAACCCUGUAGAAUCUACGCAUGAAACCCUUGAUGCAUACUGGGAACAGAUUAGAAAGUUAGAUGAGAAAGUGAAAGAGAUAUCAGAUUGUAAGGAAAUAGAAGGAAUCAAAGGUCCAAACCUGAGAGGCAGGAGACACAGAUCAUGUUCAUCAUUUAGAGCAAGGAGUAAGACAAUCUCUAGCAUUAAUUCACAUCAAGUUCAUCAUGAAGUUAAUAAGCAACAAAAUAGGGAAGCAAUUACAGAUCCUUCUUGUUCGGUAAAUGUGCAUGAUGUGUUUGAAGUUCCACAACCUGGGGAUAGUGAUGGAGCCAAUAAGCAUGGGAAAAAUAGACUAGAGAGGUUGAGGACAACAGAUUCAGAUAACAGGUUAACAAAACCAGACCCAGAAGUGUUAGACGAAAAGGCUGAAGCACUUUCUAGAUAUGAUUCAGGAAAGGUAAUGAGGUUUCUAAGCAUAAACACGGAAACCAAAGCACACAGUCCAAAUGGUAGUAGUAAUAAUAAUAACAACAAGAUCACUUGUAUGUUUGGCCGGAAAAUGGAAGGAACAAGUGUGGAAUGCAAUGGGGAAGCGGAGUUUCACCUUCUUUCGAAGAGAAUCGAGAGGCUUGAGAAGGAAAGGGGGAGAGAGAGCUCAAGGCAAGAAUUACACAUGAUGGAGAUGGUGAAGAGCAGCUUAGGCUCUUGAAGGAAAUACUCAGCCAGCUCAAAUCAAUGAGGGAAGAGGUUAUAAGUUCAAAGGCAAAGAAAUCUCCACCUAAAGAUGAUGAUGGGCUUUUGGAUCCUCUUAAAGAGGCAAUGCUCUACUUCUGGAUUUGAUUCUGGUAUGUGCAUGAUUUGGUUAUAAAUAGAAGUGUGCGAUGGUAUCUGAUA